GCCGAGCCGGAGCGGCCGUCACCGCUAACCAUUCAGGAGGUUCGGUUGCAGUCGCCGCCGCCGCCAGAUUCCAGAGGCGAAGAAACCUAGGUGGAGAGUGCGGACAUGGACGUAAACAUCCCCCCACUCCGAGCCUGGGACGAUUUUUUUCCAGGCUCUGACCGCUUCGCCAGGCCUGACUUCAGGGACAUUUCCAAAUGGAACAACCGCGUGGUGAGCAACCUGCUCUACUAUCAGACCAACUACCUGGUGGUGGCUGCCAUGAUGAUUUCAGUUGUAGGGUUCCUGAGCCCCUUCAACAUGAUCCUUGGAGGAGUUGUGGUGGUGCUGGUGUUCACGGGGUUUGUGUGGGCAGCCCACAAUAAAGACAUCCUCCGCCGGAUGAAGAAGCAGUACCCCACAACCUUUGUCAUGGUGGUCAUGGUUGCUAGCUACUUCCUCAUAUCCAUGUUCGGAGGAGUCAUGGUCUUUGUGUUUGGCAUCACUUUUCCGUUGUUGUUGAUGUUUAUCCACGCGUCACUCAGACUUCGGAACCUCAAGAACAAACUAGAGAAUAAGAUGGAGGGGAUCGGGCUGAAGAAGACACCCAUGGGCAUUGUGCUGGAUGCCCUGGAGCAGCAGGAAGAAAACAUCGGCAAACUCACUGACUACAUCAGCAAAGUGAAGGAGUAAAAGCAGCUGACCUGGCCAGAGGCUGCAGCAGAACACAACUUAGAGUUUGCCCUCGUUCGGACCCACUUUCUGUUUGUAUUUUUGAAAUGGGAGGGGCAUACCACCCAACCAUCAAUGGCCUCAUGCACAUGUUGGCCAAACUGUUAACCUCUUUGAUGUUACAAAGAGAAGGCCUCAAAAACUGAAAGAAACCACCCUCCUAGUGUGUAGGAAUUUUCGGCUUGUUUAUGAAAACUGGUAGGAAAUGGAGCAUACGUAUAUGCAGGGGAAUAAAAGAAAAUAUACGAAUUGUGGCUCAUACAAUACUGAUAUCUUGUGGGGAAAUAAGUAAUUGUAAAGUGUCAAGGCAAUUGAGUAAAAGAAAAGACUGUUCAAGUAGACAAUGAUAUGCAUUAGCCUGUUGAAUUCCCCCAGCAUCCUCCUCAAAAAAUACUCCCAAGGAUUAUAUGUGGGCUAUAAAUUAGUUUAGUUUUUAUUCUUUUAAAAUCAAAGAUGAUCUCUAUCACUUUGCCUCCUGUUUGGCGUGCAGUGGAAACUGGAUAAACCAGUUCAUAUUUUGUUUACAAAGAUAAAGGUAACUUCAGCAGAAUAUUUUGUCAAAUUUUUGUAAAUUUUUGAAAUGCUAGUAAUGUAUUUUCACUAGUAGGUAUUUGUUGCAAACUGAAUGUCAUCUUCCUUAACGAGAUUAUAGCUAUGUAACCUGUAUUAUUCUUUACAUUCUUCUUUAAAAAAAAUAAAACAAUUUAUGU